AUGCUCAACGAAUUGAACGAAGCAAAGAAGAAAAUAGGACUGCGAAUAGCAGAAACGAUGCUCAACGAAUUGAACGAAACAAAGAAGAAAAUAGGACUGCGAAUAAACCGAAGGAAAACACAGUUCAUGAAGAACGUCUACUGCGAGGACGGAGGAGUACAACUUGAAGGCUUCAAAAUCCUGGAAACUUCGUCAUACGUAUACCUCGGACGUUCUACGGACCUACGGACCACUAUAUUUGUGCCCAUCUUUUCGACUUGA